AUGGGAAACACAGAAACGCCAGCUCGAGUCCAAAUUGCCGAUCGACGUUCAGCUGCUGAUGGCCCAAAAACGCGAGCUCACAAUGCAGUUGGACCGGGAGCAGAACGAGAAGCACGAACUAUUUCUGCAGGUCCGUUGGAAAAAAAACAGAGACGGAUAAAUUCCAUGGUCGCACAAUUAGCUGAAACUCAGCCGGCUGGAGAAGUGGAGAAAUUGAAAACGGAUAACAAGGAGCUAAAACGACGGGUGGAAGAGCUUGAAGCUUCAUCAAAUAGGGAAACGAGCCGUUUAGAGGCUGACUUGCAGAAAGCCCGAAAUGAAAGUGAAUUAAUGAGACAUCAAAGUGAACGAGAAAAGAGGCAAAUGCAAGAGGACUUGGAGGAAACCAAGAAGGAAUUGCACAUGAAAGCUGCAGCUCUGCAGUCGCUAAUGCUUGCCACACAGGACAGUGCAAACACAGAACGACUUAAGGAGGAAAAUCAACAGCUCACGAACCUUCUCAGGGAGGCCGAAGCAGCCUUGGCCACAGCAAAGAGGGAUUUGGAUAAAAAAGAUGCGGAAAUAGACAAGGCAUCGGAAGACAGCGCUGCCUCAUCGGAACAGUUGGAGAUGUUUGAGAAGAAACUCAGCGAUGCUGAAAAAGUGCUCAAACAGGAGAUGGCCACCAAAGAAGCACUCAAGCAGUCUUGUGAACAAUUAAUCAACGAUGGUAAGCAAGCUGAGGAGAAACUGAAUGAGUGGCGAGUGAAACAUGAAGAAGAUCAGAAUAUCAUAACCGAAUUGAGAAGCGAUAUCGAACAGCUCGAGAAGGAGGCAAAGGAAAUGGUUGCUCGGAAUAGGCGGUGGGAAUUCGAGCGAGACGAAGAAGUGAAAACGCUCACGGAAACUCUCAUGAAGUUCGAAGCCACGCUGAAGGAAAAAGACUCCAAAAUUAAUGUGGAAUUGCUACAAGAAGAGCUCAAAAAGUCUGAAGAGCGCCACAACGUUGUUCUUGAACGCCAUCAAAAAGCUGAAGCGGCGGCAUUAGAAGCCUCCAAGGGUCAAAAACAACUGAUUGAUGAGCUCGAGAAGAAACUGGGAGCUGCAGAUGAGGCUAGGACGGAAGCGGAAGCUAAAUUAUCCGAUGUUCAAAAACAACUCAAGGCAUCAAAUGCCGACCUGAAUGAAAAGACAGAACGUAUCAAAAAGUUGGAAGAGGAGCUCACUGGACUUCAGAAUGAGAAGAAGAAAUUAGAGUCAAGGGCGUCAGUUGCUGAUGAAUUGAACACGUUGAUGUCGUCUCUAUCAGCUGUGCGUGCUGAGAAUGGGCAAUACCAAGAAGAAAUCCGAGCACUGCAUAGACAAGUUCAAGAAAUCAAGGAAGAACUAGAGCGAUCUAUGGAAGAGUGUGAAGAAUGGAAAGGGCGAGCAGAGACCGCUGAGAAAGAAAAGGAAGUUAUGGAGAAACGGAUUAGCAAUGAGAAGGAGAAGCUCAUCGCUCUCGAAUCAUCUACCGAAUCUCACAAAGCACAUGAAGCAGAACUGGAAUCGAACACCACCAAACUCGAAGCUGAAAACGUCAAAUUGAAGGAAGAGACACGAGAUUUGCAAGCCGAGUUGAAGAGGAUGCAGAGUGAACAGAAAGUUGCCGAAGAGGAGUCGAUGAGGAAACUCCGUGAGCUUACGGAGAAAUGUGAGGCAAUCCAAAAGGAAGCGGACACCAGUCGUUCGAAGGUUGGAGAAUUAGAAGAGGAGCAUCACCGUUUCCGAGAUGCUUCCACAGAGGAGAGGAAGAAGCUCUUGGAAGUAACGGAGGAACAACGAGAGAAGGUGGAGGAACUCCAAGAAGAAGUGGCCGAGAUGAAAGAAAAGUUGAAAGCCGCCGAGGAAGUCACAGCAGCCGAAGUGAAGCGCUAUGAAGCGGCUCGGGCGAGAUUGGCCGAAGUGGAAAGAGAGUACGGAGAAAUGAAGUCCAGCCUACAAAAUAUUCAAGGAUUUUCCCAAGGAGCUUCGGAAAAAUCACUGGAAAAUGAGAAUUUAGCUAUCCGGAUAAAACAACAACUGGAAGAGCUCGAGAAGGACAAAGCGGCUAAGCUCCAGGAGAUGGCCGCGGAGCAUCGAGCACAUCAAGAACGGUUAGAGAAACGGAUCGAAGAUAUGGAGACUGCAAGGCUAGAACAGAUCAAAGAACUGGAAAAUCAGAAACGGGAGACGGAGGAACUUUAUCAGAAACGAUUGGAUGAAGCCGAGAGACGUUUGGCGGACGCCAGUGAAUCACAUCGUAUUGAAGUCGAAAAGCUGGAAACAACAUUGAGAGAAAAGACGGCUGGCCCUAAGAAAGAAAUCGAGGAAUUACGAAAGACCAACGCGGAGAUGACAACAUCCCAUAUCGAGCAGUGUGAGAAACUAAACAAGAAGAUCGUCGAUCUGGAGACCCGUUUAAGUCAAGCAUCGAAAAACAACGCUGAGAUGGUGGAGAAUCUGCAAAACAUGACCGUGCUCCUGGAAACCGAAGCGAAAAAGCGUGAGGAACUGACCGAAGAACGUAAAAGGUGGCUAGCUGAAAUGGAUGAGAAAGAGCGUCUUCUUGACGAGGCUCGCAACAGCUCUGAAGAGGAAGCUAAGAUCAGUGCGUUGGCUGCUGAAAACGUUCGUUUGGCCAGUGAAGUUCUGAAGGCUCAUUCACAGGCUGAGGAAACGCUGCAAGUGGAAAAAGAAGUAAUCACGAAACAAUACAACGAGAAACUCAAGAUCCGAAAAGAUGAGAUCGCUUCUAUUCAAGCUGAACUUGACGCAGUUCGAAAGGAGAAAGCAAUGCUCAAAGACGAUCUUGAGAACCUUCGCAGUAAUAAUAAUGGGCAUCCGGUACCGCCACCACGACGGACCAUUUCAAAUAUGUCCACCUACACCUACAACACUCAGACGGACUUCAGUGAAAUUGAAGACGUGCACAAGUUACGGAGUGAAAUCGAUAAGUAA